CUAGCUCCGGGUCUGUCCCGAGCCCUGUCCGCAGGCCCAGCAGCGGUGCUGUUGCGUGGUGCCCCUGAAAGGACCUCGGUGCGCGUGGAGGGAUCCCCGCGCGCCCCUGGCACAGCGCUCGCAGGCCUCCGUGCUUCGGGCCUGAGCUCCCGCAGAGCCGGGGGCUCCGUCCCACGGGUGCCUGGGCGGCGCGGCGCGGCGCGGCUCUGGUUCCGCGUCCCGCACCCAGCGGUUGACUUGUCCGGGGAACGCGGUGCGUCGCCUCCAUCGGCGACACAAGCCACCUGGACGCUGCGGGGUCCCGCUGAGCAAGCUCUUCUUCCCCGGAGCAGGCCCUUGUCCUCCGAGCCCGCUUCUUUCCGAGUUCGCAUGGUCAGCGUCGGGGUCGGCACGCGGCCGAGCCCAGCGCGAGGAGCCGGCUCGGGAUGCAGAUCUGACAUCGAGACGGAUGAGAGCACCCUGCAGCGUAGGCAGAAGCAAAUUGAUUAUGGGAAGAACACCCUGGGCUACCAGCGCUUUCUGCAGCAGGUUCCCAAGUCCACUCGUCAGGCAGGGGUCCACCCUCAGACCCCAAACAAGUACAAGAAGUACAGCCGCCGGUCCUGGGACAUGCAGAUCCGGCUGUGGAGACGGGCCUUGCACGCGUGGGACCCGCCCAGCCAGCAUCCUCUCCAGUGCCACCAAGGACUUGAGAGGGCCUGGCAGCUCUCUGCAGCGGUGGAGAUGGAGACAGACCCUUUGUGUUGCCUGUCUGAUCACUGGCUGGGAGCCUUGGCUUGGCCUCCCCAGAGCCUGUCCAGCGCAGCACUAGGAGAGCCAUGGCCUGACCAGGCAGACGUGACCCGCUGUGGCAGCCCUUCCCUGCUCAUGUCUGAAAGGGCUUCCUGGAGGGACCGGCUCCUCUGUCCUCGAAUCCACCUUCAGGACAACGUAAGCUUCGGCUACCGCCACCCCAGCCUGGGCCUGCCGCCUCGCCGCCAGAGCAGCCGCCGUGUUCACGCACUGCUCUGA